CAUUGAAAUAUCAUUAAUUUUACAGGAGUCUCGGUCUCUUGCUGAAUUAGGAUUCGAUUCACGUGAUAAACAACUGUUUAUGCUUGCUCUAAAUGAAGGGAUAGAAUCAGACAAUUUCAUAAGGGUCAUGGUUGUCGGGAACUUUAACCAGGGGAAAACAAGUCUAACUAGAAGACUUCUUGGCCUUGAGCUAGAAGGCAUUGAGAGCACAGACGGUAUAGAUAUUCAUUCGGCAAACUGCAACCUUGACGAUAUCACAUGGACAAAAGCUGAACUUCAUACAAACGAACUAAAUGGGGCUCAUCGAUUAGCAAAGGUUGUUAAACAAAACAAAGACUCUAAACAUAAAAGGACACCCGUGGAUGCAGACAGCGAUAAAGAGUUCACAUUUAGUUCGUCACAUGAAUCAGAUAUUUCCUUCGUGAGCAAAAAUGGAAAUGAAGUGGAGGAUAAUAUAUCUCAAGCAGUCAAAAUACGUCAUGAAGGACAAAACGGUCUGAGCGAUUACAGCAACACAUAUUCAGAUUCUGAUUCAGUCACAUCUUCAGUGUCAGAGUCUGCAUGGGCAAACAGUGAUGAAUCGGCAGAUUCGAGUUCAGAUUCAGAUUUGUCGGAGGAAGUAUGGUCUGAUGAAGAUUCACACGUACAAGUUAAAGAUAUAAACUUGCUUGCCGGAUUUUCGAAAACCUUAAAAAAUGCAAAAGGUAAGGACUCGUCAGAAAAUGAGCAAAGUAUACAUGUAAAUAUUUGGGACUUCGGUGGACAAUUCAUCUAUUAUGCAACACACCAGAUUUUCCAUUCAAAGGAUGCAAUUUAUCUCCUGGUCUUUGAUCUUACAAAAGAUCUCGACAGCAUAAUAGAAGAUGAUGAUUUUCCAGACCAAAAAACCGAUUUAAGGACUUGUUUGAAAUUUUGGGUGGGGUCAGUGCAUGCCUUUGUUGGAACAGAAGAUGGUAAUGUACCCAAGAUAAUACUAGUCGGGACACAUAAAGCUGAUUUCCCAAGCAAUAGUGACAUUGAAGACAAAUUCGAUAAAGUUUUAGACAUCUUUAUCCGAACUAAAGCAAGAAAUCACAUAUACACGCAGCCAUUUGCGGUCGAAAAUACUGAUCCAGACGACCGGAGUAUUACUGAGAUAAAGAAAGCUAUUUUUGAUAUUGGUUUAGAAAAGGCGAAAAGUAGCAAAGUACCAGCAAAAUGGAUACAGCUAGAAGUAGCACUGAAUGAGAUGAGGCAUGUUAGAAAACUUGUAAAAUUCAAAGAUGUAGUUGACCUAGAUGCAUCAACGGAUUCUCCGAUCAAAGACGAACUACAGCUGAAGAUUUUCCUGAAAUAUCAUCACGCAAAAGGCACUCUCGUAUAUUUUGAUGAAGAUAAACUUCGCGAAUUCGUUGUGAUAGAUCCGCAGUUUUUGGUUGAUGCUUUCAAAUGCAUCAUAACAUCAAAAAGAUUUUGUAAAUGGAGGUCGAACUUACAUGACCUGUGGGAAAAGUUAAUGGAAACAGCUGUUCUCGAAAAAUAUCUUUUGAAUAAAGUCUGGGAACAAGAUAAAACACACCCUUUCAUGGAGCAUAGAGACAUACUUUUAGCAUUUUUGCAGAGACUUAGAAUAUUGGCUGAGACUCUGUAUAUUGAUGAAGUAACUGGCGACGAAAGAGGCUCUGGAAAAUACAUCGUGCCCAGCUUACUUAAAGUUGAAUGUAGCAAGACAACUUUAGAACGUGCUCUGGAAGGGAAAAAACGCUCUCUCGUCAUACUUGGACUUUCGCUUGAAAACACAACGAUCUUAAAAACUAUCUUCGAAAGAGUCACUGCUGCAGCCCUUGGAAGAUGGCCUCCGCUUGAAAUUGAUGGACAGAACUUAGUGUUUCAAAGUACAGCGUUCUACCUUCUUGACCUACAACAUGCUGGCAUAAUUUCAAAUGCCUCUGACAGGGGUGUUGAGAUAACUGUGUUUAGUCAAUGUCCGCCAGCAUGUGUCGAAAAUGUUGUUUGUGAUCGUUUCCGUAGAUUCGUAGAAACUGUAAUUGCAAACGAAUUUCAGAGACUUAACAGCGAGCGGAAACACAAACCUUUCAGUUAUUAUAUAAAAUGCAACCAUGCCGCCCAUGGAUGUAAAGGCAGUAAAAAAGCCCACUGUGGACUCGACGAUAUCAAGAACAAGUAUCGUGUUUGCUGUCCUGAUAACGAAAGUCAUGCAAUUAUCACUAAACAUGCGCUAGCAGAAUGGUUUCAUGGUGAAAAUGUUGCACACCAUGAAACUGCUCUGAAGAAGAAAGUAACUGAAAAGGACUUGGGCAAAAUUGCACAAGCAAUUGGAGAGAAAUGGGAAUUAUUAGGCCCUUCGCUCGGACUCAACGAUGUAGACGUACAACGCAUUAAAAUGGAUCAUCGCCAUUGUACAGAGACAGCUAUAUACUAUUUGCUAAUCAGUUGGAAGAAAAAGAAUCCAGUGCAUGAUACCAUGCAAGACUUGGUCAAAGCAAUGAAAGAUUGUGAUGCCGUUGUAAAUUGGGACAAAAUCAACAAUAUUCUAGAUGAAUUCUGA